CUGAUGAUGUGUUUCUUUUGUUUGCGUGUGUGAGUGAUGUCUCCGCCAUUGGGACUCAUUUAAGCCGAGAACUGAAAUAGGUUGUACCUUUCUUAAAUCGGCAAAAAUCUUUACAAUCUUCCUGUCUUUACUUGUAAUAUUUAGUCAUAUUCCGUGCACAAACAUUCUAUCCAAUGGCAGACAGAGACACAGAUGAGUUAAACAUCGACAAUGUCAUAAAAAAAUUACUAAAAGUCCGGGGCGAGAAGCCUGGCAUGAAUGUACAGUUAACGGAAAUCGAGAUCAAAGGGCUAUGCUUAAAAUCGCGGGAAAUAUUCUUAUCACAGCCCAUAUUACUUGAAUUGGAAGCCCCUCUAAAAAUAUGCGGUGACAUCCACGGACAGUACUAUGACUUGCUCCGGCUCUUCGAAUACGGAGGCUUCCCACCCGAGUCCAACUACCUGUUCCUCGGGGACUACGUGGACCGCGGGAAGCAGUCGCUGGAGACCAUCUGCCUGUUGCUAGCAUACAAGAUCAAAUAUCCGGAGAACUUCUUCUUAUUACGGGGGAACCAUGAGUGUGCUAGCAUUAAUAGGAUUUAUGGAUUCUACGACGAGUGCAAACGGAGGUAUAACAUCAAGCUAUGGAAAACGUUCACAGACUGCUUCAACUGCUUACCCGUCGCAGCUAUAGUCGACGAGAAGAUCUUCUGUUGCCACGGCGGUCUCUCACCGGACCUGCAGGCCAUGGAGCAGAUCCGGCGGAUCAUGCGGCCCACCGACGUGCCGGACCAGGGGCUGCUGUGCGACCUGCUGUGGUCCGACCCCGACAAGGACACCACGGGCUGGGGCGAGAACGACCGCGGCGUCAGCUUCACCUUCGGCACCGAGGUGGUGGGCAAGUUCCUGUCGAAGCAUGAGUUCGACCUGAUCUGCCGCGCGCAUCAAGUGGUUGAGGACGGUUACGAGUUCUUCGCCAAGCGACAGUUGGUUACUCUAUUCUCGGCGCCCAACUACUGCGGCGAGUUCGACAACGCAGGUGCCCUGAUGUCUGUGGACGAGACGCUGAUGUGCUCGUUCCAGAUCCUGAAGCCGGCCGACAAGCGCAAGCUGUACUCCGGCCUCAACAUGGGCCGCCCCAACACCCCGCCGCGCGCGCAGCCCAAGAACAAGAAGAAGUGA